AUGACUGGUACUUAUCUUAGUACUAGUUCUGGGUUCAAGAUUCAAAUCCCGGUCUCCAUUAACCCUUCCCAGCAAAGCACAAGACCUACAAAAGAGAAAAAAACAUUACUAAGUACAAAACAGGUUCAAGAUCUCAAUCCCGACGAAGCACAAGACUUACAAAAGAGAAAAAAAAAUAUUAGUAAUGAAGCAAACAACGACAAAACAAAGAAAAUUAUGACUG